UCCUCCCUCAUCACCAUUUCUCCUCCAAAUCUAUCCUUCUCCUUCUCAUAUUCUUCUUGUGCUCUUUCUUAUAUCAAUCGGUCCUUCACAUGGUCGGUUCAAUGGCUACCUCUGAGCAUUCUAAAAUGUAUCACUACCAUACCAAAGUUUAUCAAAUACCAUAGCUUUUUAUCAGGGAUAAGUGAAAAGGAGACUACAGCAGUACAAGUUGGUGAGAUCAAGGGUGGAGGUGCUUCCAGUUCCAUGAAUGGAGAGGAAGAAUGCUGCGAAUACACUUUGGAUGGAUCCGUGGACAUCAAAGGCAGACUAGCAAUCAAAGGAAAAACUGGUGGAUGGGUAGCUGGAACUCUUAUAUUAGUGAAUCAGGGAUUGGCAACGUUAGCAUUCUUCGGUGUUGGUGUAAACUUGGUUUUGUUCCUGACAAGAGUGCUACAACAAAAUAAUGCUGAUGCAGCAAACAACGUCAGUAAAUGGACAGGAACUGUGUAUAUCUUCUCCCUUGUUGGCGCCUUCCUUAGUGACUCAUACUGGGGAAGAUACAAGACUUGUGCCAUCUUCCAAGUCAUCUUUGUGUUUGGCUUGGUGCUGCUAUCCUUGUCUUCGUACCUCUUUCUACUGAAGCCCUCUGGCUGUGGAGAUGAGGACACCUUAUGUGGGCCCCACUCAAGGCUGGAGGUUGGUGUGUUCUACCUCUCUACCUACCUCAUUGCCCUUGGGAAUGGUGGGUACCAGCCCAACAUAGCCACCCUUGGGGCUGACCAGUUUGAUGAGGAGGAUCCAGUUGAGGCGCACUCCAAAGUGUCAUUCUUUAGCUUCUUCUACCUGGCCCUCAACUUGGGGUCCCUCUUCUCCAACACUUUCUUGGGCUACUUUGAGGAUAAAGGCAUGUGGGCCUUGGGCUUUUGGGCCUCAGCGGGUUCAGCAUUUGUAGCCUUGGCCCUAUUCCUUGGUGGGACCCCUAGGUACAGGCACUUCAAGCCAAGUGGCAACCCCUUCUCUAGGGUUUGCCGGGUUAUCGUGGCAGCGUUGAGGAAAUGGAGGGUCAAGAUACCACCGGGUGGCGGCAAUCUAUAUGAGGUUGAUAGCAAGGAGCUAGCAGCAGCUAAUGGGGGGAGAAAGAUGCUUCACACCAAGGGUUUCAAGUUUCUGGAUCGAGCUGCAUUUAUCGAUUCUGACAAUAAUAUCAUCCUCCAAGAUCGAUCGAUCCCUCGGGACACAUGGAGCCUCUGCACCAUCACCCAAGUGGAAGAGGUGAAGUGCGUCCUUCGGCUGAUCCCCAUAUGGCUGACCACCAUCCUCUACUCCGUCGUGUUCACGCAAAUGGCCUCCCUCUUCGUCGAACAAGGCGAUGCGAUGAACACCACCAUUGCAGGCUUCAGAAUCCCUCCUGCAAGCAUGUCGGCCUUCGACAUCCUCAGUGUUGCAGUCUUCAUCCUUUUCUACCGCAGGCUCCUCACUCCGCUCGUGUCCAAACUCAAGAAGGAACCCAAAGGACUCACCGAGCUGCAGCGCAUGGGGAUCGGUCUGAUCAUCGCCAUCAUGGCGAUGAUUGCAGCUGGAAUGGUUGAGAUAUUUAGGUUGAAGCAUGUGUGCAAAGGGUGCAAAGAUAAGAGCUCUCUUAGCAUCUUAUGGCAAAUCCCUCAGUACACGUUGAUUGGAGCUUCUGAGGUGUUCAUGUAUGUGGGACAGUUGGAGUUCUUCAAUGAUCAGGCUCCAGAUGGAUUGAAGAGCUUUGGGAGUGCACUUUGCAUGACUUCAAUAUCACUAGGAAACUAUGUGAGCAGCCUCCUUGUGACGAUCGUGAUGAAGAUCACAGCAGAGGAUAACAGGCCAGGGUGGAUACCAGGGAACCUUAACAAAGGGCAUAUGGAUAGGUUCUACUUUCUCUUGGCAGCCCUCACUAGUGCAGACUUUUUGGUGUAUGUGGCUUGUGCUAGAUGGUACAAGUGCAUCAAGCUAGAAGGGAGAUCUAGGGAUGAUGAGGAGGAUUAUAGUGUCUGAUGUGUUCAUUAUAUAUAAGAUGGACAUUUUGGAUAGGUAGAAGAAAAGCAAGGUAUAAAAUAAUUGGGCUGAGGGUCAUUGCAUUCAAAAAACUGGUUUAUAAAGAGAAACAACUGCAUGGAUGGAGUCCAUUUUCCCUCAAGUUUAUUCUUGAUUAACCUUGAUUGAGGAUAAUUUUGUUGGAUGUGGGUGUCUAAGGAGAAUUUUACUGCAAUGCUUCAGAGAAUGUAUGGUUGGUUUAUGGGGGGGGAAAUGUUUUAGGUGUUGAUGUGGGUUUGUAAGGGAGAGGGGCAGGAAGAUGACAUGAUGCACUGCCUAAUUCUCUGGAGACCAAGUGAUUGUCAUGGUUAAUUUCUAAAAGGUUCUUUUGGUGUAUCUAAUUAAUGAUUUGUUUCUUCAUUAAAAGUUCUUUAAUCA